CGGAGCAAGGAGGGAGAGGGUUGUAGAGGCACAUUUCGGGGAUUCCCCAAGUUAAUCCAUGUCCUCCAUCUUGACGCACGCGACAAGGAUCGUUCGAAUUUUGUAACCUUUGACAAGAGCGUUAUUUUAUAUCAAGCUGACCUCGUAAAAUCGACUCAUCAAUAUCCGUGCACCAAGGCAAUGAUACACUCAGUCCUAUAAUUGUUUCGGGAGUUACUACGCAUUUCUGUCGAUCGCUGAUUUCCACGUGACGGAAUUUUCAUUCAUUCGUGGAUGUCAUUGGAUAAUACACAUUCUAGUCCUACAUGUACCGAGGGCUUAGAAUGGGUGUCUGGUGAUCAUUCGGUUUGGAAAUGCAUCUGGCAACAUGGCAUAUAAAAUAAUUGUCCACAUCGUCAUCUUCCAAUUGAUGGCAGUCAGUUCCAAUACAGACCAAGUUUUUCACAUAUCGGAAGGACAGGAUGUGACAUUACCAUGCACCGCUACUGUUGAAAAUACUAAUCUACAUUCGCUAUACUGGCAGAAAGAUGACGUCACAGUUUACUCCAUGAGAAACAAUAUGGUGGUUAUUAACAGUCGGAAUUACUCGAUUACGAAUGGAAUCUCUCUACGAAUAUCGGAUCUCGUAGAAACCGAUUCUGGAAAUUACUCCUGCAAAGUAGUAGAUUUGACAGUAAUAAAUGGCAGGCCAGUUCAGUUGAAGGUCAUAGGUGGAAAGAAAGCAGAAAUGAACGUUGGCACUACAGAAGAAACUACAAACUCUGCUUUAUCGAUAUGGUUGCCAAUCGUCAUUAUACUUAUCAUCAUUACUUUCGCUGUCCUGAUAAUAUUUGGGGUUUACAGAUACCGCAAAAAAGGAAUUUCAUUCGUGUUUCGAGACGGCAGAUUUCAACGAACGACUACGCCUAUGUCUGAUAAUGCAUUAGAUGACUUGAGAUUUAGUACCCUUCAACAUCGUAUGAAGAGCGUUGAAGAGGAUUUACACAGCGUUGAUGUCCCUUUGAAAGAUUUCAAUGAAGAAGUUAUCUUUGCAGAUGCACCUGAGCUGUCGUUUAUUCUGGUCGGACAAGUUUUACUCGAUGAUCUGCGUUCGUCGUCAGAAAAGGAGAAGAAAUCGCUAAAAGCUGUCAUUAUUCGACUUCUAAAGAAACGUGCGAAACCUUACAAAGAAUGCCAGUUACCAACUGAUGCAAGUACCCCUCUCAAUGCGUCGUUGUUACAGAGCUCUAUGAGGGAGAGUAUGACCAAGGAUGGUUCAACUGAUAAAGACCUUGCCUUCGUGGAGCUUGUGCUUCAGAAACUGGAUCAGAUUCUUGAUGAAACAGACAGAGACGAAUGUGAGAUCCUCAUCACUAAACCAGACCUCAGGGAGAUCACAGAUGAAUCUCAGAUACCGGAUUAUGAAGGGAAUAGAAUCAUCAAUAGGUCAACCCAGCUGCAGACCAGCAUGAGAUCGUCGAUGAAUAGGAGCCGACAAGCAUGUAGUAUAGAAUCUUCAGUCAUAAGGGAAGAACUAAGAACAAAGACACCACCAGAGCGCAUUGAUGCGCGUAAUGCUAUCUGUCGGAUAAUCCUUGAAACAAUGGAAAAGGGACGGAGAGCUAAACUUCUAAAUCGCAGCGAUGUAUCAACGUACACCGAGGAUUUUUUCCAUAGUCCUGACGAUCUUGUCGAUGAUGUAGCUCGAGUUGUUGCUCUCUGGGCUAGUAAGAUAGCCAAACUAGAUGAUGAUAUCAACACUAAAAUAGAAGAGUAUCUCUUCCCUCUACCAACAAGGUUAUCCGAAACGAAACAAAUUUCAGACACAUCAAAGCAGCCAGUUGAUACAGUGAACCAAGGAUCCACAUCAAAGCAAGAUAAGAACAACGUACAGGGAGCUGAGAAGGAGCAAGCGGCUGCUGGAGAAUGCAAUGAUUUGUCCAUACCAAAGAGAGAAGAUGAUGAUCAACUCGGUGAUGAAGUCAUUGGUGAACCAGUUAACGAACAGAACGAUGAGUCGAUGAAGGGGCUACAAGCUGAAUCAACCGAUAAGGCAGUGGAUAACGAGGCAAUCAGCUUAGACGACUCUUUCCAGAAAUAGGAAGCUUUAUGAUUCAGUCUUUUUUCACUCAGCAAUACACGUUCGUCUUUUCCUUCUGCAGAUUUCAUCGGCAUAGUUAUUGUUUGAUUCUCUUCAUCUCAGUUUUUUUAUUUAAAAAAUAAUUGUAUGAUUUCAUUACAUAUAUCUUAUUUUAACACGGUAUACACACUUUAGCCAAUGGCUGUUCUUCUUUUCGCCGUUUGCUUCUCCAUAUUUCCACAUUCACUUAAUUGCAUAAUAUAUUUUGUUUUCCCAUUUUUGGUAAGAGUGUCAUUUUUUACCUUUUUUGUCUAUAGGUGCAACUUUACCAAAGGCGACGACGCCGGCGUCAACACCACAUCUUAAGCGAAGGUUAAGGUUUUGAAAUGA